CUUCACUCUCACACAUAUCUACAAUGGGUUGGUUCCACGAAAGCUCUGACGAGGCCUCCUCUUACGACCAGGCCACCAACGCCCCCCACAAGGCCGAGCUCUCUCACGAGCUCAUUGCCGGCGCUGCCUCCUACGAGGCUGCUAAGGCCUGGGAGAAGCACUUGGCUGCCAACGGCAAGCCCGCUUCGCACGCUGAGGCCACCGAGCUCCUCGCUGGUUUCGCCGGUGCCUUCGUUGACCGUCUCGUUGAGACCAAGGGUCUCGACUACGUCGACAAGGAGAAGGCCAAGCGCCAGGCCAAGCAGCAGCUCCAGGAGACUGUCGCCCAGGAGUACUAAGCGCGUCGUCGUCACGGACUUCACAAUUUAAACGGAAUGUAUUGUUAUAUAGUCGCAUGAAGUAAACCAAAUACCUGUGCUCUUGUACUCUGAUCCUUGCGUGAACUAGUACUGUGUGCUGUCUGCG